GCGGUCCGAGAGGAGGGCUGCGUGGUAAACACGGAGGUCGGCUGCGUCCGUCAGCGCGGGUCUGGCCCUUUCGGGAAUUAUAUGUUUUCACACAUUUAGCCGUUCUAGAAGAGGUUAUUUCUCUCCAACUUCAGCUACAGUGAUAGCUAAGUUUGGAGAGGAGAGAAGGGAAAUAUUCGCGUUUUUGUGUGAGGAGAUAUUUGCGGCGGAGGAUUUACUUGUUCGACCUGAACAAUACAAAGGAAUUUAAAUCUUGACAAAUUAAACCGAGCAAAUACAAUCGACUUUCAAUGCACAAUGGACAGCGCUGCAUCUAAAAAACCUUGCUGUGGAAGAGUUGGCGAUUUCUUGAAGUCUGCGAAAUUCCUCAUUUACCUCGGACAUGCCCUGUCUACAUGGGGGGAUCGGAUGUGGAAUUUUGCUGUGGCUGUGUUUUUGGUGGAGCUGUAUGGCAAUAGUUUACUCCUGACAGCCGUGUAUGGACUGGUGGUUGCGGGGUCUGUCCUCUUACUGGGCGCUAUUAUUGGUGACUGGGUGGACAAAAACCCCAGACUGAAAGUGGCGCAGACGUCUUUAGUUGUCCAGAACAGUGCUGUCAUUCUUUGUGGUGUCCUACUGAUGGUCGUUUUCCAAUAUAAAGUACAACUUACAACCUUGUACGAUGGAUGGUUGCUGACCACAUGCUACAUUAUGGUCAUCACCAUCGCUAACAUCGCUAACCUGGCCAGCACGGCUAUGUCCAUCACCAUCCAGAGGGACUGGGUCGUGGUUGUGGCUGGAGAUGAUCGGAGCAAACUGGCAGAUAUGAAUGCAACUGUGAGAAUAAUUGACCAGUUAACCAACAUUAUGGCUCCAAUGCUGGUGGGCCAGAUCAUGGCAUUCGGCUCCAAUUUUAUCGGCUGUGGUUUUAUCUCGGGCUGGAACCUGUUCUCCAUGUGCUUGGAGUACUUUUUACUUUGGAAAGUUUAUCAGAAGACUCCAGCACUUGCAGUCAAGGCAGGACAGAAGGACUCUGAUGACCAAGAGCUGAAGCACCUCAAUGUACAAAAAGAGAUUGGAAAUAAUGAAAAUCCAGUUGAAGGCUCCCAGCUGAUGAAUGAAACUGCUGAGGUUAAGAAGAACACCAGUUGCUGCUACCAAAUGGCAGAACCCAUCCGCACCUUUAAGGAUGGCUGGGUGGCCUACUACAACCAGUCCAUUUUCUUUGCUGGCAUGUCUCUGGCUUUCCUCUACAUGACCGUUCUGGGUUUCGACUGCAUCACCACGGGCUACGCUUACACUCAGGGCCUGAACGGCUCCGUGCUCAGUCUCCUCAUGGGAGCUUCGGCUAUAUCUGGCAUCUGUGGAACUGUGGCUUUCACUUGGGUCAGAAAGAAGUGUGGCCUGAUCAGAACCGGCUUCAUCGCUGGAGUCACCCAACUAUCUUGCCUCAUGCUCUGCGUAGCAUCCGUCUUUGCUCCUGGCAGCUCUUUCGAUCUCAGCGUCUCGCCCUUCAACGAGGUCUUAAGGCAUCUGUUUGGAGACAGCGGCUCACUGCGUGAGAGUCCUACUCUUGUUCCUACGAUUGAACCGCAGAUCCAGAUCAACGCCACUGUUUUUGAGGAAGCCCCACAAAUAGAGUCCUACAUGUCCGUCAGUCUUCUUUUCGCCGGUGUUAUUGCUGCUAGAAUUGGUCUUUGGUCCUUUGAUUUGACCGUGACCCAACUGAUCCAAGAGAAUGUGAUUGAAUCCGAGAGAGGUGUCAUCAACGGUGUCCAGAACUCCAUGAACUAUCUUCUUGAUCUCCUACACUUCAUCAUGGUCAUCCUUGCACCAAAUCCAGAGGCUUUUGGCCUUCUCGUGCUCAUCUCGGUUUCAUUUGUUGCUAUGGGACAUAUGAUGUAUUUCAGGUUUGCCUAUAAAAGCCUUCGGAGUCGACUUUUCCUGUUCUGUUCACCGGAGCAGAAACCUGAUCCAAAUAUUCCCUCACUUCCAAACUCCGUAUAACUCUUAAAGAGACCAUAGGCCAAUUUUUACUAGAGUAUCGCAUGCUGUGUACUGGAACUGGUUUCAUUUGUUUUACUAACAUGCAUGCUUUUGCAGUGCUUGUGCAUCAAGUAUAUAGUCUUUGCCAUUUGCUAAAAUAAAGGCGGGAAGGCUCUUUCCUUAGCAUAGCUUAGAACAGAAAUAUGUAUGUCAAAAAAACAUGCAGUGCUUCCCUCUAUCAUACUUUUUGUUCAAGGUGCUGUAAAAUCGCCUGAUAACUAAUCAUAGGGGGAACAAACCAACACAAACUCUGGUUCUUAUGAACUAUACAUGCUUUAAUUACUUUUGUAAAAGCUCCAAAGCAAAAACGGGCGUAUUUAUUCUACUUUUACAUAUUUUAUUAGUUUUUCGAUUUUAUGGUUGUAGUUAACCUUUAGACUACUUAUGUACGUUUUGCAACAUGCGCUCCUUAAGAUAGUGUAGUUUUGUAACGCUUGGCCCUCUGUGCUUUUUGCAAGCCAUGGUUAAAGUCUCUUUAAUAGUUAUUUGGAGCGUGAUAGUCGUUCAUUCAGGUAUGCUUAUAUGAUACUUAUAUAUUUAUAUACACAUGUAGUCAGUAUUCUGUAUCUCAGCUUCAGUGGUGCUACAUUGUUAUUAGAACUCUUCUGGAAAGCUAUGCAGACAUACAGUUUGUACAUGUAACCAAAGUGGAUUGUGGAAGUGAGGGAAUCGCAUUCUUUCCUUGUGUUAGACAUUCCGAAUUUUAUCGGUGAGAGAUUCAGGCCCCGAUACACUCGCCCCAUUGCAACUCGAGUUUUUCGCACUAGAUUUGUUCGUCUCGUCUGAUUCGAAAGUGAUUUUAGCACAUAAUUCUUGUUUUUACAAUGAUUGUUACACAAGCACUUUACAUGAUUACAUUUUGUCCAUUACAAAAUAAGCGCAACAAGACACUUCAGGUAUUCAAAUAUUUGCACAAAAUUGUAGCAGCGUCAAAACUUAGAAUAUUCUCAUAUCCGCUUCAAAAAUUGGGAUUUUAAAACUCACUAAUAACUCAAAACACCCUCGUGAGCCGCCGCCACACCUCCGUUUUCCCUUCAUUCAAAUCACAUGCUAAUCUAAUGUUCCACAGCACAACGUCAACUUCAAAGAUCUUCCUUUGAGCCACAAAAUUAUUCAGGUAACAACAUCCUUUUGACAACCACAGCUGGCUCGACAUAUAUAUAUUUUGUAAUAGUUGUGUAAUAUUGAUGUUGGAGACCAGCGGGAAUCCACCAUAUGCACAGAACAGAGAAGGGAUUAAUGAGUCCAGUGUGGACGGCUGGUUUGAAGUGCAGCUGGUCUCAAACGCAGGUGCCAAGAUUACUCUGGUUAAAUAAGCAUUUGUGUGUCAGGAUUAUAUCACAAGGCCUUUAUGAACCUACUGUACAUUUUUUUUUAAUACUUAAUCGCUUCGGUGCAUACUGUCUGUAUUUCUGUGAAUGUAAAGCCUUCUGUAAAAUAUUUUUUAUAUUCUUGUGUUGAACAGUUUGAUUUGAAUUCAGCUUUGUCCUAUGUAACACCACUUACCCUUUACAGAAUUACAAAAUAAAACACUUUUGCAAAAGAACAACUUAAAAC